GCUUUGGUUCACCCACAGGUUUCUGACACGCGAGUGAAAGGCACAAGCCAUCAACAAUGGGGGAACCAGAGAACAGCAGGGCGAAAUGUACGGAUGCCCCAACUUCUGAGCUCACCAUCUCAAUCCGUCUUGAUGGGAUGAAGAGCUUCCUUCUUGAACUGUUCAAUACCGUUGAUCUUACCGUACAGCCACUUUAGAGCCAGUGUGCUCGUCGUCAUGAGCCCGGCUGAGACUGAAAAGAGAAUCACUCGCUGCCAAGUUUUGAGCUGCUCAAACAUGGGAUACGGGUACCUGCACGACAUGGUCAGACAGGAGCAACACAGAAGUCAUUGCAACAGGGCUUUGCCUGUGUCUGCAGAGUUACCGUACCAUCCGUUUUGCUCAAAGCAAUAUUCAACCCACCCCCAGUAUAGAAAUGCCAAGCAGGUACUGAGAGCCAUAGCACUGUAAACUCUGAUGGUCCAAGGAGGACUGAGUAGUAUCAGAUCCAUCGUUAACAUGACGGCUGGCAUCGCAUGAAAUCCACUGUGAAAGUUGGAGUUAGACUGGACAUUUCAAUGGGUCGUGGGCACUCUCACAAAUCUGGAAGGAAUGGAAGUGCGAACUCUGGUGGGAAAAGGAGGGACUUGUCAAUGGCACUUAUGCUCCAGUACAGAAUGCUGAUCAGAACCUCCAAGGGUGUUGAACACACUGAGAGAACAUUUUUGAUGCCAAAGAGCCGAGGGCUCAGAGUGAGAUCGGCCAACAGGCCAAAGGCAAACGUUGCCGUCGCUAAAGCGAGCCCAAUGAUGGCUGUUCCCCUUGUCAGUCUUUUGUCUUUCAUCCUCUUGUGUGGAACGUAAUGUACUGAGAAGUUGAAAGUCACCACCAAACCCGAAGUGAAUUUCGGUUGGGAACUGCUGAAGGCACCAAAAGCUGCACGAGUAUGACAAAAGACCGAUGGCAUGUACGAGGGCUGAGAAGCUCCGGGAAGGCGAGGAGAGCCGUUGUAAAGGGUGAGGUUGGUUUGCCAUUCCGUACCUAUUUCGAGCGGGUGAGCAAGAUGCACGGUUGAAAUUAAAUGCCAUCUGACCUCGGUAUUCCUUAUGAGGCCUCUUCUUUAUAUUUAUCGAAAUGUGGAUCGAAGCAAGAAAGAGGUUAUCAAAGAGUGUGUGAUGGACCCUCUCUACGAGUGGUAAUAAAACAGAUUCAACUGCCAGCUACGGAACGAAAGUGUACAACGAUAUAACGGAUGAAUACAAGCAAAGAAGAUGCCAUGAACCAUAGGGUCAACGUUCAAGUCAUAGUGCACCUCAUGUCCACGGUUAUCGGCCAUGACCUUCAGCAAGUCAGGGGUGCCCUUAGCGUUGUGAGCUUCUCCACGGCUUCCAAAGCCUCUAGCGCCUUGGCACAAACCCCCCACCUCCAUCGCCUGGCGGGACGAAGCGAUGCCCGAUUUGGAUGCGCGUUCGACGCAAGUGUUCGCGUUCUCCAGAAAUUGUUAACCACCAUACUGGCUUGGCCAUAUCAUCGCCAUCACCAUCGCCAUCAGACGUAACCCCUGGGGAGGAACUCUCAUACGACAUUCCAACAUGGCGGACAACACCAACGAUGAGGACUUGAAGUCCAACAAGCGCAGCCAUGCAGAAUUCACAGAAAAUGAUGGUUCCGAUAGCUCUUCAGACGAUGACAUGGGACCGCAGUUGCCGUCCGCCUCAGCGCCCAAAAAGAAGCGCCGUGUUCUGCCAUACGAAAAGCUCUACAUCUCAGCCCUCCCCAAGUCGACCCGUUACUCCAAGUCCCUGAUGCACAAAGAGCAGUUGGCAUUUCUCACCAUGACACCUCUGACCGAGUUCCUCAUAACAUCGUCUGUGGAUGGCGUAGUCAAGUUCUGGAAGAAGGUCGCCGACGGCAUCGAGUUCGUGAAGGAGUUCAAGGCCCACCAGGGGGAGAUCCGCUCUGUUUCGACCAGCGCAGAUGGGAGGAGUUUUGCAACUGCCGGCCCCGACAAGACGGUGAAGCUGUUCGAUGUCAUGACAUUUGAUCUGUUAGCUGUUAUCCAGCUAGAGUAUGUGCCGCGGUGUGUAUGCUGGGUUCACAAGAAAGGUGCUUCUCUUCCUCUGCUAGCCAUAUCCGACGAUAGCCAAAAGCCUGGCAUCCACAUCUACGACGGACGGGGUGAAAACCUGACCCCUAUUCAUACCAUCACCGGUCUUCACCGCAGCCCCGUCUCCCUGAUGGCUUUCAACGACCAUUACGACUGCGUAAUAUCGGCCGAUGAGGGAGGCAUGAUUGAAUACUGGCAGCCCGGAGGAUCUUAUCAAAAGCCUGACAACGUCUUUGAGUACAAGAGCUCAACGAAUCUGUUUGACUUCAAGAAAGCAAAAUCCAUACCGACCUCGCUCACGCUAUCGCCAGAUGGGAGUCGCUUCGCCACAAUAUCCUUCCCUGACAGGAAAAUCCGCCUCUUCGACUUUGCCUCAGCCAAGCUUCAACGCACCUAUGAUGAGUCCCUUCAGGUCAUUGAGGAAAUGCAACAAGCUGGAACAGCGAUACAGAAACUUGAUCCAGUCGAGUUUGGUCGCCGGUUAGCAACGGAACGGGAAAUCGAAUCCCCAGCUCUCCGCGACAAAUUCCACCUCAUCUUCGAUGAAUCUGGUCACUUUCUCCUCUAUGGCUCUUACCUGGGUGUCAAGGUGCUCAACACAUUCACAAAUAAAGUGGUCAAAGUGUACGGCCGGGAGGAACAUUAUCGUCCACUAGCACUGGCCCUCUACCAGGGUCAGCCUCAGAAGAAGGGGGUUACUACGGUAGCCAUGGCGGCAUCCAGCAACCCGCUUCUUCAAGAAUCCGAAACAAGGGAUCCCAUAUUGAUCACCACGGGCGUGGGCAAGGUCCGGUUUUACAUGUUCACCAAUGACGAGGAAUUCUCCAAGUCAACCAGAGAUGUUCAAAACGAGAAACCCACGAUUCUAGGGGCAAAGAAGACGGAGCAAAAGAAGGUCGCCGAGACGGGCACAUCGGCGGUCAUCCACACCACAUACGGUGAUAUUCAUAUUCGACUCUUCCCGGAUGCAGCUCCCAAGGCCGUGGAGAACUUCGUGACGCAUUCAAAACGCGGCUACUACAACAACACCAUCUUCCAUCGUGUGAUUCGUAAGUUUAUGAUUCAGGGUGGUGAUCCUCUGGGAGAUGGAACCGGUGGUGAAAGUAUCUGGGGGAGAGAGUUCGAGGAUGAAUUUAGCACAUUGAAACACGACAAGCCAUACACGGUUAGUAUGGCGAAUGCUGGCCCCAAUACCAACGGGAGCCAGUUCUUUAUCACCACUGAGAAAACACCAUGGCUUGAUAACAAGCACACGAUAUUUGGACGCGCCGUUCAAGGUCUUGAUGUCAUCCACAAGAUCGAAAAUGUCAAGACCUACAAAGAGAAACCAGCGGAGGACAUCAAGAUUGUCAAUAUUGACAUUUCGUAGCACCAUGGGCAGGAAUGAGCCAGCGGCUGAAUGAAUAUGAAUUGCCGAUCGGCCCAUGAGGAGCGGCACCUUUUGUAUUCACCUGCCUAGAGCGAUGUUUUGACAUCACCGCCGUAGCUUAUCUUUCUGAGCAUGCUCCUGUUGAGCUCACCCACCGUUUGCACCCCAAGUAGUCCCAUAGACUGGUCCACGUCAGCCAAAAGCGAAGCCAGCACAUGCUUGGCUCCCUCUGUCCCUGCAAUUCCAAGACCAUAUAUCACCGGUCUGCCAACCAGGACCGCCUUUGCCCCCAAGGCCAGUGCUUUCAGAACAUCCACCCCUGUACGGAUUCCAGAGUCGAACAUGACAGUCAAGCGGUCCCCAACGGCGUCUACAAUUUCUGGGAGCAUCUCCAAACUAGGCACCGCCCCAUCCAGCUGCCUCCCUCCGUGAUUGCUCACGAUAAUCCCGUCAACUCCACUUCUCGCCGCCAACACUGCAUCCUCCACGCUCAGCACCCCCUUGAGCACAAUCGGCCUGUCCCCCCACAAUUUUCUCAAGGUGGCAAGGUCCUCCCACUUGUGCGCGUGCCCCGAGAAGACCUCCCCGGCCCAAUACCGGCUCGCAGCAAUGAUGUUGUCCUCCACCUGGGCCUCGUUUUCGCCGGUGCUAAACUUGUCAGAAAACUUCUGCCGAAACACCGAGUCACUGAAUCCGAGGGCAUUGCCCUCCCCGACGGCAAAGGGGAGGAACCCUGUGUCGAGGUCGAGGGGCCGCCAUGCCAUGAUGAAGGUGUCCAGUGUUACGACCAAGACCUCACAGCCAGCUACCCGGGCUCGGGAGAGCAAAGAGGCGGUGAUGUCGUCGUCGACGGGCCAGUAGAGUUGGAACCACCUGGACGGCUUGGGAUCAGGGACUAGGGUGGAAGCGGACGAGGUUGGCGGUCUGGCUGGUCCUGGGUCUUUUCCUUCUGCUGAUGCUGAUGCUGAUGCUGCCGUUGCAGGAUCAUCCGCCGGCGCCGGUGGGGCGGGCUCUUCUGUUUCUGGUGAGGGCGGGCUGGGGCCUCCUGUGUCCUCUAGAGCCGCGACGAUCUCCUCUAGGGGGGUGCUGGACGCGGUGCUGUAGAUGAAUGGGACGUUGAGGGCGGCGCAGGCUUUGGCGACGCCGGUUUCUGCGUCGGGGUGGUAGGCUGAUUGCACGCCGAUGGGGGCCAUGAGGAUGGGGGAGUCUGGUGUCUUUUGUUAGCUGAUGUUGUUUUUCUUCUGCCUUGGUCUCAUGAAAAUCCCAUCGUUGUGGUGUGUGAAGAAUGAGAAUACAUACCAUAUGUCUUGCCAAACAGCUUCACACUUAGAUUGCGAGGCAGUGUGUCUCUCAACAUACGGGGUAUGACCUUCCACUGCCGGAAAGCCAGCCGGUUGGCGUGCAUCGUCGCUUGCUCGCCUGCCCCUCCGAACACAUAGUUGAAUCCCUGGGGGCUCAUCGCCUCCCGGGCUUGCUGUUCAAGUUUGUUGGGAUCGGUGGUGGUGACGGGCUUCUUCCCCGCCGUGAGGGCUUGAAAGUAAAUGUCGAUUUGGUACUGGC